CGUUCUAUUGUGCUCUACACGCGCAGGUCAGUUUUCAGAAUCGGUAAUGAAAUUCUGUCCAAUACAUUGAUACCUAAAAUAGUUAAAAAUCUAUAGCGAUGUACACAAUUAUCAUGGUAAAUACCCAAUUAAUAUUUUACCUAGCCCUGGCUUAAUUUGUCUUCAUCGCCGCAAAUGCUAAGACACUUGCUCUGUUGUCGACCGAUGUAAAAUCAGUCUGUUCUAGACAUUUAUAGCGUUUACUUUGCCGUUGCUCUCUCCGUGUUUUCACAGUCCUUACACAACAGUAUUAACAAUUUUUCUCAGUGUUAAUUUUUCCAAGUGUUUAAACACUUUAUUUUCAUCCGUUUUAUCUUAAACAUUUUAAACAUGUUUAAAUGCGAUCAGUGCCCCUCGGUUUUCACCGCAAAACAUAAUUUAACUGUGCACCAAAAGAAGCAUACCGGUGUGCGUAUUCCAUGCACCGUAUGUCCAUCAACAUUUUCUUUCAAGACCAGCCUCAACAAACAUUUGAAGAACGCUCAUGGUAUCAUUAACGUUCCGGCUCACUUGAGACCAUUGCCUGCUGUACCGAUCAUUGAUCAGCAAACACGACCAAGCGUGAUACAGUUCGCGCCUCCUAUCACCCCGCAGAUUCAAAUAACGCCUCAAAUUGUUGUACCGGAUGUCCCGGCUGGCGGAUCACACAUGUUAUCCGAGGACGAAAUGUGUAUGGCUGCCAUGGACGAAUUUGAGGAUACAGAAUCUUACACUUCUGCUGUAAAUGGUAAACGCGUUUCUGUUGCCAACACCACCUCAGCUACUAGGGCAAAAAAGACUAGGGUAGAUAUGGUACAGUCAGCCGGAUUUAAUGAAAUUUCGUCGUCCGCAAAUAGGAAGAUCGUGUGGUACUACGCUAAAAAUAUCACCAAUACAAAAAUUUAUUCAGACUUUCUCCGUCCACUUAUGCCUGAGCUAGUAAAUUUAUUGAAAACGUACGUUCAAAAACAUGCGAUUAAAUUUAAUUUGAAACUUGAGGCGACCUAUAACCGUCCGAACGUACCAAACUCAUCGGAGAACAGGGCAUUCAAGACUUCAGCGGUUGAAAUUUUUUCUGACAGUGAUAUUAGAACGAUUGUAGAGAUAGCGUAUAUGAAGUCGAUGAAGGAGAAGGAUGAAUGUAUGGGAAGAGGUAGCGGUUUUACUUUAGAGUCCAUAGACGGGUUAUUAUUGGCGGUGUACAAAUAUACUCCGAUGGGCGGUUUAUCAUAUAUAGAGUUACCGGCGUAUAUCGACAGGAAGCGGGCGACUGUCAACCCACAGAACGUAGACCGGUAUUGUUUCAAGUGGGCGAUUCUUGCGAGGCAUGUGACGGGGACGGCGGUAUGCAGUGUUGGACAAAAUUACAUGCAACAUGAAGAUAAAUAUAAUUUUGAUUGCAUCACCUUCCCUACGCCUAUAUCUGACAUCACAAAAUUUGAAAAAAAUAACCUUAACGUGUCCAUAAACGUGUACGGCCUCGAUAAAAAAUUCCAAAUACCGAAAUUGCCUAGGUAUGAGGUCUACCCGCUACGUGUUGUUGACGAAGAAAAAUCCAAUCACUUCGACCUGUUACUGAUAACGGACGGUGACAACUCGCAUUAUACAUACAUUUCAAAUUUUUCACGACUCGUACGUGCACAGAAAACCGUACACCAUGGACAGGUUUAUUUUUGCAAGCGUUGUUUUACGUCAUUCGACAACCAAAAUUUAAAAUAUAAGAUGAGCGGACAAGAGGCUCUAAACCAGCACAAAUUGAUUUGCGGGGUGCACAAGCCGAUUCUACCGGAGAUGCCGAAGGAGGGUGAUAGCAUUGAGUUUAAGGAGUGGAAAAAGACACAGCGACACCCUUUUGUUAUUUAUGCGGAUUUCGAAGCAUUGUUGGUGAAGACGGAGGAAAAGAAAGGCGAGAGUACUACAACUAUACAGAGACACGAAGCGAUGAGUUACGGGUUUUUAGUGAAGGCGAGCGACAAAGUACCGGAGGAGUUAUUGGAAGAGUACGAGAUACCGGCGGGGCCGGUAAUCUACUGA